AUGUUCUGAGUCUGAAGCUUCCUCCAAAAGGGAGAGACUGGAGACAAGAGUGGAGGGCAUCUAGGACCAGUACCACCACCGCGACGUCUUGGUGGAAAGUUUACUUGUUGCGUUUAAUACUGCCUGAUGGUAUGGCAUUCGUGCCGAAGUUUCCGGACAUGAAGGGUGACUUUCGGCGGAAUUCGGCCGACUAAGUAUCGCCUACUCAUUUGUUGUACAGAUGCCCAUGGUGGACGAAACUGCAGGCAGCCCGGCAGCAGCUCCACAAGAAAAUACGCCUCGUUCUACAUCUAUCAACAAUGGCGCCAACUUACUCAUGGAACUUUUCUCCACCGAACUCGCCGGUACAAUGAGCAGCAUCCACAUGGCACAUAAGCUGCAGUUAGAAGCUGCAAAGACGUCGGAGGACCUUCGUACCGCAGAGCUCGAGAAGGCGCUGACAGCCCGUGAAUGUGUGUUGGUGGAGGCACGGGCGAGGGCUAACCAAGCGUCAGAGGAAAUUGCAGAACUCCUUUGUACCCACCAGCAACUUCUUCAGGAACUCUCGGAUUUUCGUUGCGCCGCCGAUAUCUCGAGAAAGACAUCUAGCGAGGUAUCAGAGCAAGAGAUUACUUCACUCGUUUCGGAUCGAGAUGACGCGCGGUCACACGCUGCAGCUACGCAGGUAGAGGUACAACAACUCCAGAAUGAGAUGGCUGAGCAGAAGCGGGAACGUGAUACUCUAACUGAGCGUAUCACGAAGCUCGAAGGAGAAUUGGACUCUAUCCGAGCAGAUUACAAGAAAGCCGACGUAGAGAGAAAACAGGCCAGAUACGACGCCGCCCAGGCCCAAGGAGUACUUGCCGAACUGAAGAACGCGCUGGGGACGAUUGGACUAGAAUAUGUCCAAGAGGAUACUAAAUUUUAUUUGUCCAAGGAAAUUGGGUCGCAUGUAACAAACCUUUUCAAUCAGGGACAAAAGGCUCAGUCGAUCUCUCAAGCAUUGGCAUCCAUACAGGGCAAGCCUGAGAGCACGAAGGAACCUCUAUCGCCCGACGCACUAUCUCCCUUCAAUCUCACCAUGUUCAUCACCAUCAUGAAAGACAUUCUAUCUGACGUCGCGGUUGCCGGCAGCGGUUGGGAGGUGCUAUGCCGUUCGAAGGAGAAGGAGGGGAAUGCAUUGCGGGAACACCGCGAUACCCUUUCCACCCAGCUGUCGAGAGUGAAGGAAGCCAAGGAAUCAGCUGUGAAAGAGUGGACGGAGAUUAAAGCAGCUCUUGGUAUUGCUGGCCUGGCGUAUACAGACACUAACGCUAUUGUUUUCACGAAAGGCUUGGUGUCUUCCCUGAAGGAGCUCACGCCAAUGAAAGAGAAGUUGAAGAAGACGGCCAAUACACUGAGUUCCAGGGAUCCUAGUAGCGACCUUCAAGCGCUUAUUCAGGUUCCAGAACCGAAGCUAUCCACGCCUCAGAAUUUAAUAGCUUCCAUGCGCAAGUGGUUCGCCGUCGCGCAAGCCCUUGGCGAUGUUUCAUUAGCAUUGUGUCUGUCCAAAGAAGAGGAGAUCACCGAACUCUCAGUAGGGAGGAUUUUGCAGCAAGAUGAAAUUCAGCUUAAUGAGCAAAUAAAGGGCACUGAAAGUUAGCAGUAUCUAUAUCUCUCAUUUUCGAAGUACUAAUGAAAAGUAUCUUCUUACAGCUCAACUAAAGGAAUUCGAUGUACAAAUCCAGAACGAGCGCUCUUCGUCUGUUUCGAC